GAAGUUCUCUUCAGUUCUCUUCGUGAGCACGAACAAGAAUCAUGUUUCAGGAUGAUGCCAUUUACGUGUCUUUAUUGCUCUCCUGUGUAGCUUUCGGAUUUAUCUAUCGAAAUUUUAAGGAUCCUCACAAGAGACAAUGGAUCAGUACAAGUUUCGGUUUGCUUUUAAUUAUACUUGUUUCUGGAAAUCAUGUGGUGCACCCCCUCGUCUGCCUGUUAAUUAAUGCGGUCAUCGUAACCAGGCUUUCUUGGAAGAUAUGCCACCUAGCCAGUUUAUAUUUUUCAUUUUUUUAUUUACUUGUUAUUUUUCGAUUGGGACACUUGGUUGGGAUGCCUGUACCGCCUGCACAUACAAAUUUAGUUCAAAUGAUUCUUACAUUGAAGUUAUCUGGAUUGGCAUUUGAAAUAAACUCUGCAGCUAGCAUGACACUACCGGAUGAUCCUCAAGGGAUUAAUAGUGCAGCUUUAAAAAAGAUUAGCUUUAUGGAUGUAUUUCAUUAUGGUCUAAGUUACAUGGGAGUUUUGACAGGUCCCUACUAUCGGUAUAGAACAUAUUGGGAUUCGCUAAAUAGACCCUUUUCUAAUUACAUCGAUCCAUGGCCUCUAACAUUAUAUAAAUUAAAACAAACGACAAUAUUAUCUGUACUUUUUUUGUUAAUGAAUUAUACAUUCCCCACAGAGUAUACUGUGUCAGAAGAAUAUGCAAAUCGAUCGUUGUUAUAUAGAUGGUUCUACACAUACCCAGUCUUUGCAACAUUUCGUCUAAGACUAUUUUCUGGGAUAAUUCUGUCAGAGUGUGCAUGUCAAAUGGCUGGAUUAGGUGGUUAUCCCACCAAAUGUGAAACUACGCCUGGAGCAGGGCCACGUAAUUACAAGGAAUUCGAAGAAAUUUGUGCGGAUAAGGAAAAAAUAAAACAAGAACAAUUUGAUUUUGAAACCAUACAUAACAUGAAUAUAUGGCAAGUGGAAACUUGUCAUUUAGUAAGAUCAUGUAUGAAGUAUUGGAAUUCUUGUAUACAAUAUUGGAUGGGUAUUUACAUAUACAAAAGAUUUCCAUUCAAAUCAUUAAGAAUGAUAGUGACAUUAACUCUGUCAGCGUUAUGGCAUGGAUAUGCUGUUGGUUACUAUGUUUGCAUAUGCUCAGUUCCAUUUUAUUUACUGAUAGAAGACCUGUUAAUAAAGUUCCACAAUCAACACGAGAAGGAUAGUAUUGGCUGGAAAAUCUGGACGUUUAUUCUAUGGGCAAUGAGAUUAUCCUGUAUGGCUUACUUGGGUGUUCCAUUUCUAUUACUCGACUUUCGGCAAAUAUUACAAUUUUAUGCAAAUCUAUAUUAUAUCGGCCAUAUUACCUCAGUUAUAAUAUAUAUUAUAGCCAGAUUAAUGAAACCCAUAAUGAUAAAGAAGAACGUAGAAAAAAACAAAUAGGUAGAAGACGAAAAAAAAUAUUUUUCUAUCAAUUAGUUAUCAGCUAUAAAAGAAUACACUGCACUCGUAUUAAGGAAAAUGGAUUUAUAAAAAAAAAUACGAACUUCUG